UAUCCGCCCAUAUUCGCGUCAGGCCAACCUCAGCUGAAUCGAGAGUAGCAGGCCAAACGCUGUAUCAAAUGGAAAGUUAAAUCGAUUAAUGUCCUUACUUUUGUCUGCUUUUUUAAAAGAAGAUACAUUUACACAAAUGCGGCCGUUUCAGUGUAAAGUAGGAAAUGCAGAGAUCGUGUGAAAAAGGAGGAUUAUCUGCUUGACUUCUUAUUUGGUCGCUACUUCGGACGCGGAACUCCACACGCUAUAGGUGAACGAUGACCGAAUACAAGCUGGUGGUGGUGGGGGCAGGAGGUGUGGGCAAGAGCGCGCUCACCAUCCAGCUCAUCCAGAACCACUUUGUGGAUGAAUAUGACCCCACCAUCGAGGACUCAUACAGGAAGCAGGUGGUGAUUGACGGGGAGACGUGUCUGCUGGACAUCCUGGACACUGCAGGUCAGGAGGAGUACAGCGCCAUGAGGGACCAGUACAUGAGGACAGGGGAGGGCUUCCUCUGUGUCUUCGCCAUCAACAACACCAAGUCCUUCGAGGACAUCCACCACUAUAGAGAGCAGAUCAAGCGGGUGAAAGACUCGGAAGACGUGCCCAUGGUGCUGGUGGGAAACAAGUGUGACCUGCCGUCCCGGACGGUGGACACCAAACAAGCUCAGGACUUGGCGCGCAGCUACGGCAUCCCCUUCAUUGAGACCUCGGCCAAAACCAGACAGGGUGUCGAUGAUGCAUUUUACACAUUAGUGCGGGAAAUCCGAAAACACAAGGAGAAGAUGAGCAAGGAGGGCAAGAAGAAGAAAAAGAAGUCCAAGACAAAGUGUAUACUCAUGUGAAUAAUGACCAGCCCCCUUUUCAAGAUAGACAAAAAAAAAAUGUUAAAACAGUUCAAGUAAUACAUUUUUGUACAUUACGCUAAAUUAUUAGCCUCUUUAUCUUAGCACCCAAAAUACUGAAUAUGGAAAUGAACCCUAUUUUUCUGCCUUUUUCUCUUAUUUUGAAACCAAUAAGCUUUACUUUCUGUUUAGUGCCAGUUGCCCAGAAGUGUUGGUCCAAUAGGUUGAUUAUCAAUUAGGAGAUGGUAGACAGUAAAACGAAAGGACUUUAUUCAACAGCCAAGUUCAUAACUGUAGGACAUUUUGGACAACAGAAAAAGCAAGCCUAAAAAGCUUAUUUUCCCUCUGCUGGAGAGCAUGAGAUGCUCUUAACAGUAUGGGGCGCCAAAUAGUUGAAUCCCAUUCCAUUGGACAAGGAGUAACAACUGGGAGGCAGGACCAACACUUGAUUGGGGGAAAUUCCAAAUGUCCCGGCCACUGUGUAAUAAUGCCCAUCCUCCGACUUUAAACUCCUAGAUAUGAUUCAAUAAUGUCAUGCUGUACUUGAAACAUGCAUGUGAACUUUACUACUGUAUCUAGUUUAAAAAAUGUCCUGGUUAGCCAUUUUAAUUAAGUUGUAAUCUGUUAAUGCUUUUUUGUCAUUUGUGGGUAGUGAUUUCCUGCCUACAGGACUUUCAUUUUUGCAUGCAAUGUGUUCUUACUAGUCAAUGGGGAAUGGCACAGUGAUACUAAUACUAUACGAUACUGAUACAGCCACUAGGGCCAGGAACGAGGAGCUCCUGUCCAGUUGGGCCACAUAGGCUUUUAUAGUGUUUCGGGCCUCAAGUCAAUCUAUAUUCACCAUACCUGAUCUGAUCUUUUGGGUAGAAACCAGUUGUUAAAUGGUGGGAAACCUUUUCAACAACAAACUCUCCAGGUGGCAGGUAUGACGCAAAAUAGAUGUUUUUUUUUUUUACAUCGGUAUCAGAACAGCAAGAUUCUCAGUAGUGUUGAAGAGGACAUGCAGCUCAUGUUGUGUUGCUCAGUGGCACCGCAUGUUGCUUAUACAGACGCCUCUACACAAUCCAGUGUCUCCUGUAGUUUUAUCAUGAACGUUUUAAAAGAUGAGUUAAUUGUUCAUCAAGAGAUCUUGUUUGCGUGAUGAAAUUCCCCUCAUCUCCUCAGGAUUGGUGUAUUUUGUGUCGUGUUCUGUGUUUUUGAAAGACAAACCUUUCCCUUUCAAGUGAUUUCAACACAUUUUUACCUCUUCGUUAAUCAACCAGUAAAUCAAGAUUGGGGCUUCCUUGUUACAGUGUAACAUCCAAAUUGUUUUGAGUGCAAACAAGUAGCAGGCCUAAAUUAAACCUAAACUUUAAACCAAGUAAUCUAACGAUGCAUAUGUGUUAUUCAGGUGAACUGUCUUAAAGAAUAGUGAGUUACUGUCUUCAGAUGCGAGACAUAAGAUACCCCAUCAGAUCCUAACAGAAUAUGCCUUGCACAUUUCCCCAAGCCUCUGUACUUAUUGCUGCCAUAAACAUACUUUCCUAUUUUUGGAUUGGCUAGAUUAGGCAAAGAAUCUUAAAGGCCUUUUUUUUUGUCCUACUAAAGAUCUUCCUUUCUCUAUUUUUUUGUUGUUUUGUUUUACUUCUAUAAAAGAUGCACCCCCGUAGAAUCGUUGUCAUGCAAAGAGUGUUCAAAAAUGUAUUGUUCAUAUAAAUUUCUCAUUCUUCCUCGCUAAGUUAGAUUUUUUGGUUAGAGCUUGGGUGGGAAGGUGUUGAGUGGGUUUUGCUGGGCUGUGUUUCAAGUCAAAUGACUGGUCCAGUCCAAUAAUCUUUGUCAAAUGUAUUCCUUACAAAGGUUAUUGCUUCCUUGUGAUGUAACUGGAGCUGAGGUCUGUAAAUGAGGCAAUUACCAUUAAAUUCAUUUUUAGAGGAAAAAAACGUGUUCAUUUAUAAAAACACGGAAAAGUUGUUUUUUUCAGCGUUAUUUCACAACCUUAAAACCAGGGUUUUACCUUGAGGCUUCUUACACAUUGCCUUUUGUGCUUGCAUCGGGUGCUUCAGUCAGAUAGCCGCGGGAUACAUGUGAGCCGAGACUGCAUUAGGCUUCUUUGCCACGUCUGUUCAACUGCUACAAACUCUGCUGUUUGAGAGGAAUGAGAUUCUAAAGUGAAACAUAAUAUACAAUACAUUUAUUUAGGAUUUAUGCUUUUUUUUGGCCCAAUUUUAUUACCUCCUUUUUGUUCCUAAAGUUAGAUCUGAACUGUUAGCACAUUUUGAUUAUAGGACGCCAUUGUGUUAACAAUACUGUAUCACAAAAAGUAAUUCUACCAAAAUGUUCCCCCUCCCUUUUAUUUUGCGUGCCAACUGCUGAUUUCUGAAAAAGAAGUAGCAUUUAUACCUGGAUCGUAUUUUAACAACCUUUUUGUAUAGUUGUUAUACUGAAAGGUACACAUUUUGUAAAUUGUGCUUCAUUUCUUUGGUGUGUCUAAAUGAAUGUUGCUUUAAUGGAGUUUUCAGUACUAUCUCUUUUGUGUAUGAUGGGACUUGGGAGAGUGACUGGGUCUAGGGGAGUGAAUGAAUGACCACUGUUGAACACAUCCAUAGAGAGCUCUCUUUGGUCACUGUGUAGAGUGGUGAUCUGAUCCCAAAUCUGUCUUUUUUUGCCAUGAAUCUCACCACUCCUAUUUAAUGUGUAAUAAAGACAAAACAAUUAAGA